UAAUAAAUUACGUGAUGUGAGGAAUCGGCACAGUCUCGUGCGAUUUCUUACGCAACAGGUCGCGGAGGCUGCCUCGUGGUCUCGGCAUCUUCGCACCCUCUUUAUACUACGUCGUACACGCGAGAUGCUUCAAUUAAGGAGGCUGUUUGUCCUGGCGACCAUCGUGACCUGUUGUCUUGAGGCCCAGGGCGCCGACAAGUACACCGACGAGAACAGACCCUACGAGUUCGGGUUUAAUAUCGAUGGGGAACAACACCGCCAUGAGAAGAAAGACGAGAAUGGUAUCAUCAUGGGCGAAUUCGGUUUCAUCACGGCCGACGGUGUUUACCAUGUAACUGUCUACGCUACCGACGAAAAUGGAAACUUCAAGAUUCUAUCCAUGAAGAACAUUCGAGUCAAACCAUAUCCAACGUCACCUGAAGUACCUUCUAGAAAAGGCAAUUCUCUACCUUUCCCUCCAUCGCAACAAGCGCCAAUUACCCAGGGCCCCGCUCCCCAGCAACCGAAACCAAACCAGCCCUCUAAGUCCUGCUCGCACUGCAGCUUGCCUACAACCACAACGCCAGCACCAAAAUUAACAGACGUAGCGGUAGUUUCUCGAGAUCCUCUGCCAUCUUCUGUCCUGGGUACAAACCCUGCCACCCCACCGAAAUAUCCUCUGGCAGCCGAUGGCUAUCAAAACAUCCCACAAGGUCAACAUAACCUUCCAGCUCAAGGAGGCUCUCCCAACUACCCUCAUCAAGGAGCAGCAGGUGGACCUAACUUCCCGCAGCGUGGACAAGAUUCCCAGACAAACUAUCCUCAAGGGCCAGGCUCACCCCAACAGGGCCCUAAUAGUUAUAAUUCGCAAGGGCAAGGCCCACAAGCUGGACCUAAUAACCCGCAGCCAGAACAAAACUAUCCUCAAGAAGGACAAAACUACCCACACCCAGGACAACCUGGUCAAAACUACCCACACCCAGGACAACCUGGACAAAACUACCCACAACCAGGACAACCUGGACAAAACUACCCACAACCAGGGCAACCUGGACAAAAUUCGCCAUCAGGCAACUUCCCUCAAACUCCGGAACAAAACCUUUUACCUCCAUCUGGACAGAGAGAACCAAAGCAAAUCGAGUCACGUUUUGGCGAAACGCCUGGAGCACAGAAUAACCAAGUUGGCCCACAGGGCCCCAGAAAACCACAGCUCAUUUCAGCCCAAAUGCAAAUCGUUGAUAAAAACACAGAUGUAAAUUACAAAGCUCCUGGUGAAAAGGAAGGUCUGCCAAACGGAUUGACAAAGGAUGACAUGACCACUCUUUUAUACACUUUUAAUUACACGGUCGGUUUUCACGGUCACCACGAGGAAGGCUACACUAACGGUGCAAAGAAAGGUUACUACUAUGUGACCGGCAGGAACGGAGUAAGGACGAGGGUAGACUACGUGGCCGACGAAAAUGGAUUCCGCCCUAAGAUAACCCAAGAGGUUCUCGACCUUCUAUCGGAAGACGUUCCUAAACCAGAAACCGAAAAGGAUGAAAAAUAUGGCCUUAAAGGUUACGAAUUCAAAUGGCUUUACUAUCCAGUUGACUCAAAAACUCGGUAGAAACCUAGUUUUAUAUGUAUUUAUAUUUAGUUGAAAUACUAACUUACCAUAUUAGUAUUAUAAUUAAGGGUACAUUUUUAAUUUUUUAAAUAUAAUUAAGUAAUAAAACAUUAAUAUAGAUUAGAUAACUACUUAAAUAGAUAGGUAAGUUAAUAACAACUGAAUUAAACACUGCCAAGGGAACUGCCGUACAGAAGACAAAUUUCUUUGAUACAUAGGAAUUAAAGUACCCACCUACUAACCUAUAGUAUAAUAAUUUAGUGAAACAUUGCAUAUAUUAUAAUUCGUUAAUAAGUUUUUCAUAAAACAUUUUUAUCUUAA